CGAUUUCUAGACCCGCUCUGGGGACGGUGGCGGUGGUCACCGGGAAAGUGUCGCGCACUUGAGCAGCGCCUCUGUCCGCUCCUCGGAACAUGCGGGGGCUGAGCGUUCCCAUUUGGCAGAUUCAUUGUGGAACAGCCCCGCUUAGGGACAUGCUGAAAGGGUCUCGGAUCAUCGGGGGCAGAGAGGCUCAGGUUGGCGCGUGGCCUUGGGUGGUCAGCCUGCAAGUCAAGCGUGGCCGUGUUCUUGCUCAUAUAUGUGGGGGAAGCCUCGUGAGAGAGAGGUGGGUGCUCACAGCCGCCCACUGCACCAAAGACACUAGAAAUCCUUUAAUGUGGAGAGCUGUGAUUGGAACUAAUAAGGUGUAUGACAGCCAACCACCCACCAAGAAGAUGAAAGUUAACGCAAUCAUUGUCCAUCCGGGCUUCCUUUUGGAAACUUAUGUAAAUGACAUUGCGCUUUUUCAUUUAAAAAAAGCAGUGAGGUUUAACAACUAUAUUCAGCCUAUUUGUCUACCUUUUGAUGUUUUCCAAAACCUGAACCAAAACACGACAUGUUUUAUAAGUGGCUGGGGAAGAACAAAAGAAGAAGGUGGCCUUACAAAACUUUUGCAGGAAGCAGAAGUGCAUUAUAUUUCUCGAGAGAUUUGUAAUUCUGAGAAGAGUUAUGGGGGAGACAUUCCUAAUACUUCAUUUUGUGCAGGUGUUGAAGAUGGAGCUUUUGAUACUUGCAGGGGUGACAGCGGUGGACCAUUAAUGUGCUACUUACCAGAACAUAAAAAGUUUUUUGUAAUGGGAAUUACCAGCUAUGGACAUGGCUGUGGUCGAAGAGACUUUCCUGGUAUCUACAGUGGUCCGUCCUACUACCAAAAAUGGAUGACAGAUCAUUUCUCCCGUGCAGGCGUGGAAGGCACGAUGCAUAUAAGCAUUUCACUUGGACAGCUCCUCAUAGCCUUAGGCUCUGUUAUCUUGUUAGCAACAACAUAA